CCAAGAUGUCCACGUCCGGAUCUGUAACCAAGAGAUUGUCAAAUUCGACCUGGAGGUGAAGGCGCUUAUCCAGGUUGCACGGCUAAUAAAUAACACAGCUAGAAUCUGAAUCCGCAUAGUCUGGCUCUAGGGCCUGCUCUAAAACCUGGCUCCCCUAAUUCUGACUGUCCAGAAACGAAUUCUAAACCUACCCUUGAGUCUGUCUACGAACACUGCGCUCUAUAAUAGGUGGUUUGUAAAAUCAGAUUGAAGCUAAUCUUGUCAUCUGAUGCCCGGAAUUCAGCGCCCCGAUUUCCAAAGGUCUCAAGAUAUUCGAGAUUGUUCAGGACCAUUAAGUGCACUUACUGAACUGAAUGCUAAAGUGAAAGAGAAGUUUCAACAGUUGCGGCACAGAAUACAGGAGCUGGAGCAGUUGGCUAAAGAGCAAGACAAAGAGUCGGACAAGCAGGUUCUGCUCCAGGAGGUGGAGAACCACAAGAAGCAGAUGCUCAGCAAUCAGACGUCAUGGAGGAAAGCGAAUCUCACCUGCAAAAUCGCCAUCGACAACCUAGAGAAGGCAGAGCUUCUCCAGGGAGGAGACCUCUUGAGGCAAAGGAAAACCGCCAAAGAGAACCUGGCGCAGACGUCCAGCACCAUCACCGAGAACCUCAUGGGGAUCAGCCGGGUGAUGUCCCAGCAGGUGCAGCAGAGCGAGGAAGCCAUGCAGACACUGGUCACUUCUUCCCGGACUAUCCUGGACGCCAACGAAGAAUUCAAGUCCAUGUCGGGGACCAUCCAGCUGGGACGGAAGCUCAUCACAAAAUAUAAUCGCCGAGAGCUGACGGACAAGCUGCUCAUUUUCCUGGCCCUGGCCCUGUUUCUUGCUACGGUUCUCUACAUUGUAAAAAAGCGGCUCUUUCCAUUUUUAUAAGAGCCAAGAGCUGCCAGCGUCUGCCCUUUCAGCUCUGGUGUCAGGACCCAGCCAGGCUCCUGAGCUCUGGCCCAGCUGCCAGCCGACCCACCUCCCCGGGGGUCCAGGUGCUCAGCAGGACGGAUGGAGAUGGUCCGCCCGGGUUCUGGCAGGUGGCUGCCUUGUAAAGGACGGCAGAGCCAGGGGAGGCCUGUCGUCGGGACGCCUACAGGCACAGGGACUCCGAGAGCCACCGACGCGGGGUGGCUGCUACGUGGGGCACGCGGAGCCCGCCCUCUGGGCUGUGAUGUUCUGCUCUCUCCCUCUCCCGCUGCGGCCUUCAUGCCUGAUCAGGGGGAGGGAAGAGAAAUGGGGUGGGAGGAUGAUGACUUGGGUCCAUUCCUGAAUAAACUUGACUGUAUUGAA